AAAACAUGGAUGAACAAGGCUGGGUUCCUGUUUCUUUAAUAGCAGGCUUCCACCGAGUUGAGCAAUUAAUGAAAGGAAUUCCAUACAGUGUUCAAUUUAUAUUGGAUGCAGUGAGAACAUCAACAACCGUAGAGACCAUGGGUGAUAUGAUAAGAAAGCGCAAUGACUGGAUGAAUUGGAUCUUGCCUCCAGCAGCAACUAAUUUCGCUCCUGUUCCUGUGCCUCAGCCGGUAGGUGUACCAAAAGAUGGGAACCCAGAGAUGAACAACCAUUUGCAACGUUCCUCCGGGGAGGGGACAUGUGAAGUUAAUAAAAUUAAGGAUCUUCUGCGAGAGAUUUCUACAUGCGACAGAAUUGAGGAUAUAAGAAGUGGUUUCUACAAUUUUACUUUCAAACUGCCGAGAAAAAUGAAAGCGCGGGAUGCAGAAAUUGUAGUUAAGGCUAUGGAGGCAUUAGUUGAUACUCUGCAACGUGAAUACGAACUUAUCAAAAGAGAAAUUGAUGACGCUGAUGAAUCUUAUAAAGAGGCGAUCAUUGAAUUUGUUGACAAGCAUCCUUACGUCGUUGAUAUGCCAUUGUUCGAAGACCUAUUUUCUGACGACCAAAAAAGAAACUUGCUUGAGCUUGGCACAACAAAAUCCAAGAACAAAACAGUGGGAGACCUCAGACCAUGGUGUUUCAAACUAUGGAUGUCGUUUGGUUCACAGUUCACACCCACUUGUUGGUACUAGUCUACUUUGUAACCUGAUCUG